CACCUCCCUAAUUGCAUCAGAGACAACUAUAACUGCUUGAAAAAUAUCACUAUGUCAGUACUGGCAUUCAAACUCAGACGGUGAGGGAACUGCUAGAAUUUUAUAAGGUUCUCCUUCGCACCAAUUGAGUAAUCGCCAACAUGUUGGUCCUUCUAGCGGGAAUCUUCAUUGUGCACAUUGCCACAGUCGUAAUGCUGUUUGUUUCCACCAUCUCCAAUGUGUGGCUACAAAAUUCAAAUGUCUCUAGUGGUAUCUGGCUGGCCUGUAACAGUGGGAGUUGCUCAAGUAUAUUCCCUACUCUUGCACAAGGAGAUGAACCGGCAAUGAAAGCAGUGGAAGCAUUCAUGGUUCUAGCCAUCAUCUUUUCCUGCUUUGCCCUCUGUGCUUUCAUUGCUCAACUAUUCACGUUGGAUAAAGGACAAAGAUUCUACAUCAGUGGAGGUUUGAUGCUUGUUUGCUGGCUGUGUGUGCUGAUUGGAGUUUCCAUUUACACUGCCAGAUUUUCCAGAGUUCCUUCUUUCUAUCACGGAUACUGUUUUAUCUUGGCGUGGAUCUGCUUUUGUCUCAGCCUCCUUGUUGGAAUACUGUAUCUUGUAUUGCGGAAGAAAUAAUUAGUAUACCAUCCUUUACCCACAACCUGAGAGCAUUGCAUUCUUAAUAAACACCCACAACUCAUAAAUACUCACAUGCUUAAAGAGACUGAAUCAUAAUGUCAUCAAGGCUGCAUGUGAUGUCAAAAUAUGAGGGGGGGAUUCUUAUUAAUGUUCUCCAGAAUACAAAGUCCAACAAAACAAAAGCCAUCCAUAUAGCAUUGAGAGAAAUAAUUCCUCUACACCCUCCCGUAAAAAUCAAAUAAUUUUAGUAUAAAGGGGGCUUUCAUUUGCUCUAACCAUUAACUUUAAAGUGUGUAGUAUUAAUGUGAUAUUCCAAGCAUCAAAUACUGUAAUAUUCCAUUUUACAAUGGUUUUGUAGGAAUAGAUGGCAGACUGCGGCUGAUUUCAUAGUUAUGAAGCGGGGUAGGUUAUUGUCAUCAGACGUUACUGGCAUAAUUAAUAUGUUGGGGGUGGGGGUCACAAUUAAAGACUACUUGUCUUCCAUAGAGGCCAGUAAAGUCAUAGAUCUGCUGCAGAAGCUCUUUACGAGGUGAUGUUGUCAAUCGCUGUUGUACACUGUGAAGACUUGCUUUUAAAGAUUUCUGCAGCAGAGGCGGCUUUAGGGUUCCACAAAUCAACCUUAUGAAGUUUAGCGUUUAAAAAAUCAGCGCACCCAACUAAGAGAUUUAUCAGUACUUUUAGGGGGGAUCUUCCUUCAGUUUAGAACGUUUAAAAUUCACCUGGAUUUACUUGUUCUUUGUUAUAGAUUAAAAGUCUUAUAUUUGUUAUUUAUUUAAAUUGUAGUUCAACAGGUAUUGUAAAUGCAGUAUCUUUUUUUUCCCCCACAGUGUUACAGGAGCACCAUGUGGAUUUCUUUCAGUACUGCAUGUGAUAAUAACAUUUUAAUAGGCAUAUUGAUCAUUUGUUCUGGCCACUUCUGCUGCCAGAUGGAUCUGCAGUCUGUGGGUUCUGCUGCCAAAAGGAUCUGCAGCCUGCAGAUUAUUUGGCCAAUAAUUCUAUUUCAAUCCUUUUACAGAAAAUUCCAUUGUACCAUCUCCUUAAAGCUUAAAAAAGUAUUUAGAUAUUAUUGGUAAAAUAUUAAAGAUAUAUAUAUAUAUAUAUAUUAAAUUCUGGUGUGCUAUGCAUCUAUACUUCUUCUCACCCAGUACAAAUCUUGAAAGUUUAGCACUGCACCUUUGUUUCACGCAACACUGAAAAAAAUAAAUGUCAUUAUAUGCA